AGCAACUAAUUUAUAAUCUUUCUACUGCUAUAUGACAUUAUGCAAUUGUCAGGUUGAUGGUUCCAUACGCAAGUUGUUGAAGAGUGGUAGAGACCUCGAAGAUUCCUUGAUUGCUGUUAUUAUUCGAAAUUUGAAGACUGUUAAGGACAGUUCCAAGGUUAUAGUGUUGGAUGCUGAUGGUACUCGUUCUAAAGGCAUUGCAAGAUCCUUGAAGAAGAUUGGGGUCAAGAAUACAUACUUGGUUGAAGGCGGCUUUCAGUCUUGGAUGAAACAAGGUCUCCGCAUCAAAGAACUCAAACCUGAGACCGCACUUUCCAUACUCAAUGAGGUCUGA